CCAAAUCAAUCUCACAUGGUAGUUGUCAUUCGUCAACCCCAAUUUCAAUUUUCAAACUCACAACCUCUCAAAUCUCGAUCCAAAACACUUCAAAUCUACACGUUAUUCGAUCCAUAACGAAUCACUAACCGUAAAUUCACAUCAAACGAUCUCAAAAUCCUCGAUUUGUGCAUUCAAUUUCGUCAAUCUCCAACUGUGAAUGAUAUGAAGGAUUCAUCGGAAUCGUAGAGAUGACGGAUCAGACGAUCGAGCAAUGCUCGUCUGAAAUCGAUCAACAUGAGGAAAAUUUGAAUCAGAAUCAGAAUCGGAAGAAGAAGAAGGAUGUUACUGAAGAUCCGGAAACGUUCAGCUGUAUGCUUCAACCGUGUCCGCCUGAUUCCGAUCCGAAUUACAUCGGAAUUCGCCGGAUUCUUCUGUUUCGUAAGGCGGAAUCAGGUGUUCUUCGUCGGAAGGACUGGAGAUGCAAUGGAAAAGGAUAUGUAGCGUAUCGUAAUUUCAUCAACAGGCCAGAUAAUUGGUUGAAUUCGCAAAUACCUAGUAGAACUAGCACACCUGGAACCAGCGGGCGAUGGAUGUCUUCUCCAAGUCAACUCUCCCUUGCGCUUGAGGCGGAAAGCUGGGCUGGUAGCAGGGAUAUACGUGAAAGUCAAACACUAAGUCGUACCGUUAGUUUGGGGGCAAAUUCAAGUGAUUUUGAACACCCACGUCGAAAGGCUGAACUUGCAUAUUCUUUUGUGGGAAUGCAUUGCAUAUUUGACGAAUGCAAAUCUAUGGUUACUGUUAUAAAAUUUGGGCAUAUGUCUUCGGAUAUACUUGCCUAUGGAGCAACAGAUGGAACAAUAACAGUUUGCACUGUUUCUGAACCGCCUUCGAUCAUGAAGAAAUUGACCGGACACUCAAAAGAUGUCACAGAUUUUGACUUCUCACUAAACAACCAAUACAUUGCGUCAUCUUCACUGGAUAAAACUGUGAGGGUAUGGGAUAUUCCAAAUGGCCUUUGCAUUCGAGUUAUAUAUGGAGUUACCUCGCAGCUUUGUAUUCGAUUUCAUCCUGUGAAUAAUAAUUUUCUUACAGUUGGAAAUGCAAACAGAGAAGUAUCGGUAUUCAAUUUUAGUACAGGAAGAUUAAUAAGUAAGAUAGUUGUUGACGGUGAGGUUCCUGCCCUUGAUUAUGACCAUACGGGCCAGUUUAUUUUCUGCGGGGAUUCACAGGGUUCUAUAUAUUCAGUUAAAGUGAACUCUCAUCAAGGUACCUUAUCGCGGACCCACCGCACAAGAAGUAGCAGCAAACAAAAAUCUGAAUUUACGACCAUACAAUAUAGAACAUUUUCUCUUAUGACACAAGGUCCUGUGUUGCUUUCUCUUACUCGGGAUGGAAGUUUGUCUUUCUUCAGCGUUAACUUGGAGUUACAAGGGUAUCUGACUCUUCGGUGCUCUUUGAAAUUGACCCCACGGCUUCAUAGUAUUCGGGCGUCUUUUUGUCCAUUGCUUUCCCUUGAGAAAGGAGAAUACAUAGUUAUUGGAAGUGAAGAUGCAGCUGUUUAUUUCUAUGACUUAACUCGGCCCAAAAAUACGUGUGUCAACAAGCUACAGGGGCAUGGAUACCCGGUGAUUGCAGUUGCAUGGAAUCAUGGUGAGAAUCUAUUAGCAUCCUCUGAUUUUGGUGGCACUGUAAUUGUGUGGAAAAGAGAAAAAACAAAGCAAAAAAGAUAAGUUUUAGUUACUUAAAUGAUGAACUUUUUUAUAUAUAAGAUUUGUCUAAAAAAAGUUGUGAAAAUUGCAUAGUAUCAAUCAUCCAGAAGUUUGUGUAACCAAUAUUCAUAUGGCACUUUUAAGUCAUUUAGUUUUUGUGUCAACUAAAGUAACAGUUGUGUUGAGUUUUCUGUAGAAAAUUGUUAAACGAAUACAGGAUUUUGAGAUAGGUUAUUGUACAUUUGCCUUUUCUUAACAUGUUACAUUGAGAAGUAUAUCUUAAAUUUGGACCUUC